AUGUUGAGUUCUCGAGGUAUUCAAGCGGCAAGACCCUCCCAGCGAUGGUUCCAAACGGUGGCUUUGGAACAUUUGCAAAGAAACGAACCUCUACGUGGGAUAUUCUCUGCAAAGGGUUUGGAAACGUCGUGGUUCAAGAGAAUAGAGAUGUACACAUCAAAAUUGAAUGAUCUUACGAGGAAUAAUACUGAAUUGCAAAAUAUGCCCAUUCAGUCAGUGAUAACAAACAAUCUGAACUCGUUUCAGAAAAAAGAUAUCGUCACGUUUGCAUCCUUGAUUUACAAUCUCACUUUUGCCAUGAAAAGUUUGAAAGGUUGUAAUAUACCAUUGCCAGACAAGCUUCCAGGGUCCCAGGAACUGUUGAAAACAGUGGGAAAUGAUUUUAGCAAUGAACCAAUCAAUGUCGACUUCAUAAAAGAGAUAGAGAAUUCCUUUGGUUCCGUCAUAGAAUUUAGGACGUUACUAUUGAAUUCAAAUCUUGCAAUUCAAGGGGAUGGUUGCACAUGGUUACUGGCAAGAAAGUUUCAAAACAAGUUCAUGAAUGCAACCGCUACAGACGAGGUCACUUUUGACAAACUUUUUAUUCUAAACACUUACAAUGGUGGAUCACCCUUCAAUUAUAAUAGAAUAGAUAUGAUAAACAAAUAUAAAGCGGAGUACAAUAAAAUAAAUAAACAAGCACCGCCAGAAAAUGAUAUCAUAAGCCUAGAAGAGGCUCAGUUGGCCUCUAUUGAGAAAACAGUCUAUAUUCCCUUAUUAGCGAUUGAUGCUUCACCAAAAUCGUGGUUAACUGAUUAUGGUGUCUUCGGUAAACGUGAAUAUUUGAAUAGAGUCUGGGAAUCAGUAGAUUGGAACGUUGUACAAUCAAGAUUACCGAAAAAGUCAAAUAUUGUAUAUGAUUGA